AUGCAAUAGCAGCUGGGUCUGGUCCGCUUAGUUCAUUGACUGUAAUGUAACUAGAAAAAAUGAGGGAGUUAGAUGUCUCGCUUCCUCUUCCGUCUCAGGCUCAAACCAUAGUUGGCAGUGGCACGCAAUUGCUCUUCCAGUUUUUCUCCGCAGUCUCCUGUAUUCAUUAUCCUGUCGAGUUUUUCGAGUAUCUCCGUUGAUUUUUGGAUACUGCCGAUUUUUGGACAACUGCAAUAAUGUAUCAAGUCAUAAGAAAACUCGUGUUUACAGAUUCAUAUUGUGCCAGUGACGCUGCGAAGACUUAUGAAGAAUUAUUUGAGAAAUUAGAUGCCAACAAAGAUGGGAAAGUGGAUGUUGCAGAACUCAAGGAGGGCCCUCUCUGCUUUGGGCAUUGCUUUCGGGAAAGGAGACGCGCAGGUAAAUAGCAUUUUACAUGUGAUCAGAUAGACUGUCUAUAUGACAAAAAAAAGUGUUAUUUUAGUGUCAAAAUGACAUUAUUGUGUAGAGCAAUUUAUAGAUCUACACAAUAUGAUGGUUGUAGCCCCUCCCAUGGGCAAAUAGUGAUGACAGAUGCCAAGCAAAUAUAUGACCAAAAAAACGUGUUAUUUUAGUGUCAAAUGGACAUUAUUUGUGUAGAGCAAGUUAGAUCUACACAAUAUGAUGGCUGUAGCCCCUCCCAUGGGCUAAUAGUGUUGACAGAUGCCAAGCAAAUGUGGCAUUGCAACCAGUGACAGGUUUUAAUUACUAAGUUAUACAAAUUGAAAUGUAUUCUAGUCUAGUCAUUUUUGUUGUUGUCAUAUAGCAGAUGCUCUUAUCCAGAGCGACUUACAGGAGCAAUUAGUGUUAAGUGUCGGCUCGGGAUUCGAACCAGCAACCUUUUGGUUAUUGGACCAACACUCUAACCACUAGGGGCAGCAGGUAGCUUACUUGAAGUACUGCAUAUCUUGCAUCUUGGAUUACCAUUAAACAAUCCGUUUACUGUAUUACACCUAUCUUAUAUCAUAAAGAGAGCAAAGCACAUGGGCAUCCCAUGUCAUAAUUUUGCUAGAUAUGACUGAGGAGGUUGGUUCUUGAUAAGACUCAGUAUCUUAACAUUUCCAUAUUUAUUUCCAUAUACAUAUAGAUAACACCUGAACCUGUCAUAUAGUACCAGGUAGCCUGCUGAACGCUGCAAGGAAAGGGAAUCGUUAGAGGGAAUUUUGCCUGUAGCUUCAAAAGUUGAAACAGGAAAGGCAAGGCUUUAUUGUCAGGGUGCGACUAAGGAUAAGGCCACACCUUUAAAGGUCAAAUAUGGCAUUCCUGCGAUCCUUAGUUUGCUCCCAGUCACAGCCUUAUGACUUUUCAUUUAUCUGUUUGCACAGAAAAGUGAAAGGCAACUCCUAAAACACUCAUUCACGAGGGUCAGCAUCAGUUCAUCCUUGAUACAUAAUGAUAUGAAUGCCCUAUCCCCUGUUGUAUGGGAGUUGAGAUGACAUAUAGAUUAGAUAAUCUGCUCAGUGCCUGUAUAGCCUACAAGCAUAAUUUCAAGUCAGGUAGCCCAUCCCUGGGUGAGGCAACACACCAAUGCACUUUGACCCCAUUACACUUUGACCCCAUUACAUUUAUUUGGUCAUACAGUCUACAGUACACCAUCCCUGUAAAUCCAAUGAAUCCUCAAUGUUUUCUAUAAAGAAAACAGUAGGUGGCACAAUAGUCCAGCUGAAGGUCGAGCAGCCAACUGCCACUCUCCAUUGAAAGUGUUUAAUGUAAAGGUUUUGGAGAGAUUUUACAAUUAUUAUUUCAAGCUAGGAAUGUCUACACUAAGAAAAUGUACAAUGGUGGUGGAUUGUAAAUGUGUUUUUGUUUUAUUAUUCCCAGAAAAUAGUUUCAUCUGGAGACCAGGACAACGACGAGGGUCUUGACAUCAAUGAGUUCUCCAAGUACCUGAAGGAACAUGAGAAGAAACUGAUGCUGACGUUCAAGAGCCUGGAUAAAAACAAUGACGGUAUAUUAGGCUACCCCCACUACAAUAUAUCAAUACUUAAAAUACAGUAAAUUAUUUGAUUCAAUGUAAAUUAUUCUAUAUUUUAUCUCAUGGCAUUGUUUUUUCCUACAGGACGCAUUGACUAUAUGGAGAUAAAGCAGUCCCUUGCCGACCUGGGGAUGGACAUCAGCAAGGAAGAGGCCGAGAAGAUCCUUCAGACGUAAGCCCUCAGUCAUAUAUCUCACUGUCACAUGUAUCACGUUUGUUGUCUGGUGUCAUGGCGACAUCAGCUGUUAAACAACCCACAUUGGGCAUAUAUUUAUUUUGAUGAUACAGUAUAUCCACUCCAGCAUGUUAGCUGAGCUCACUCUGUGGUUGUUCUCAGUCAUUGAAUGUUUAUGUUGGGCCUGGCACUUUCACUAUCCUCUGGUUGUGAUGGGCGGGGACCCCUGCAUGGUUUCACUCUAGCCUCCUGCUGCGGUGGAGCUGAUAACAUUAAUACAGCCCCUGACUGGGGGAGGGGGGAUAAUAAACACCUAGAAUGAAAAUCAGAAAGUAGCCAUUACAUGUAUGUGUAGUUUCUUUGCUGUGUUGACAUCAUUAAUAUUAUAUUAUUUAAAUAGAUUAUAUUUGAGUUGGAAGGGUUACUACAGGACAGGGCACGACAGAGAGUGUUAAUUUCCAUAACCAAAGCAGUCAGAUAGACUGACACACUUUUUGUCUAAUGAAUACUGGAGAGAUAAGUGGAAGGAGAGAGAGGGAUGGGCAGGGAGAGCAGGUCUCCAGUAAAGUACAGCAUGGAUCAGUAAUCUCAUUUACUUAUUGAUUAUUGUGGCUGUUGUCUGCUCUCAGCGGAAGUGCAGCCGUGAACUUAUCAGGAGUUAAACCAGGUUGGGAUUUGAGAUGGCAGCUGAGAAAUAUCAGUGUCAUUUUCUAUCCUAAAUCCACUAGUUGUUUUGCAGUCUGCAAAAUAAAACAAAAAUGUUCGCUCUCCUUCUUACACUUUGUUGGAGUAAAUCCAAAAUACACAACCAAUACUUGAAUGUCCUCUAUUUGCUGCACCAUUAUUGUUAUUUUUCCCCAUUGUACUGACCCAAUGACAGUGUCUCCCUUCUGUCUCUCUGUCCUGCAGAAUUGAUGUGGAUGGAACCAUGACUGUGGACUGGAAUGAAUGGAGGGAACACUUCCUCUUCAACACUGCCACCAACCUGCAGGACAUUAUCCGCUAUUGGAAGCACUCCACGGUGAGUGUGUGUGUGUGUGUGAAAGAGAGAGACAGGGAUUGCAUGUUUGUGUGACUGAGUUUGUUUGUCUCUGUUUGGGAGUGUGUACUUGCUGAGUUGUCCUACACAUCACUACAACCUGUUACAUCGGAGUCAACAGUAGGGUCGCUUUCAAGGAACGGGACAUGUACGCUUGCAAGAAAGCCUGCUACGACCUCCGACGAGCCAUCAAACAUGGAAAAGGUCAAUAUAGGACAAAGAUAGAUUUAUACUACACCGGCUCUAACCCUCGUCAGAUGUGGCAGGGUUUGCAGACUAUUACGGAUUACAAAGGGAAACGCAGCCGUGAGUUGCCCAGUGACGCAAACCUCCCAGACGAGCUUGAAUGCCUUCUAUGCUCGCGUCGAGGCAAACAACACUGAGCCAGGCAUGAGAGCCCCUGCUGUCCCGGAACAACUGUUUGAUCUCGCUCUCCAUGGCCGAUGUGAGUAAGACUUUUAAACAGGUUAACACACGCAAGGCCGCUGGGCCAGACAGAAUACCAGGGCACAUUCUCAGAGCAUGCCCAGACCAGCUGGAAAGUGUCUUCACAGACAUUUUCAGCAUCUCCUUGUGCCAAUCUGUAAUCCCAACAUGUUUCAAGCAGACCACCAAGAACUCAAAGGUAACCUGCCUAAACGACUAUCAUCCCGUAGCACUCACAUCUGUAACCAUGAAAUGCUUUGAAAGACUGUUCAUGGCACACAUCAACAUCAUCAACCCAGACACCCUGGGCCCACUCUAAUUCGCAUACCACCCCAACAGAUCCCCAGAUGACGCAAUCUCUAUUGCACUCCACACUGCUCUCUCCCACCUGGACAAGAGGAAUACCUAUGUGAGAAUGCUGUUUAUUGACUACAGCUCAGCGUUCAACACCAUAGUCCCCUCAAAGCUCAUUACCAAGCUCGGUACCCUGGGACUGAACACAUCCCUCUGCAACUUGAUCCUGGACUUUCUGACGGGCCGCCCCCAGGUGGUGAGGGUAGGGAACAACACAUCUGCCACGCUACCCUCAACACGGGGGCCCCUCAGGGGUGUGUGCUUAGUCCCCUCCUGUACUCCCUGUUCACCAACGACUGUGUGGCCACGCACGACUCCAAAACCAUUAUUAAGUUUGCUGACGACACAACGGUGGUAGGCCUACAGGGAGGAGGUCAGAGACCUGGCCGUGUGGUGCCAGGACAAUAACCUCUCCUUCAACAUUAGCAAGACAAAGGAGCUGAUCGUGGACUACAGGAAACAUCAGUGGGGCUGUACUGGAGCGGGUCGAGAGCUUCAAGUUCCUCGGUGUCCACAUCACCAAAGACUUAACAUGGUCCUCUCACACCAGCUCAGUCGUGAAGAAGCCGCGACAGUGCCUCUUCCCCCUCAGAAUGUUGAAAAGAUCCUUAAAACUACAACUGCACCAUUGAGAGCAUCUUAACUGGCUGCAUCAUUGCUUGGUAUGGCAACUGCACCGCCCUCGAUCGCAAGGUGCUACAGAGGGUGGUGCGGACGGCCCAGUACAUCAUUGGGGCCGAGCUCCCUGCCAUCCUGGAUCUCUAUACCAGACAGUGUCAGAGGAAGGCCCGGAAAAUUGUCAAAGACCCCAGCCACCCAAGCCAUAGACUGUUCUCUCUGCUACCGCAUGGCAAGCGGUACCGGAGUGCCAAGUCUGGGACCAAAUGGCACCUGAACAGCUUCUACCCCUGCUGAACAGUUAAUCAAAUGGCUACCCGGACUAUUUGCAUUGACCAUUUUUUGCACUGACUCCCUUACACAGACUCUAAUGCACACUCACUGGACUCUACCAACACACUCACACAUACUUACACUGACACUCCUACACACACACACACACACACACACUACACAUGCUCACACACACAAAACACACUCACACAUGCAUAUUGACGCCACACACAUACACACACUUUCACACUCUUCAAAUAUGCUGCAGCUACUCUGUUUAUUAUCUAUCCUGAUUGCCUAGUCACUUUUACCCCUACCUACAUGUACAUAUUACCUCAACUACCUCAUACCCCUGCACAUUGACUCGGUACCUGUACUCCUGGUAUAUAGCCUCGUUAUUGUUUUUAUUGUGUUACUAUUUUUCUAUUUUUAUUUGCUAACUUACUUACUUUUUAACUGCAUUGCUGGGAAAGGGCUCGUAAGAAAGCAUUUCACAGUAAAGUCUACACCUGUUGUAGUCGGCGCAUGUGACAAAUGAGCUCAACAAUAUCACAAUCAGAUAUCAAAAGAUUGGUGGUGACAAUUUUGCACCUUGCAUACAAGCUCAACUUGUAACAACACUUGCUUGAAUAGAGUAACUAUUGUUGUAACAGUGCUACAACUGUCAUUACAUAAGGACAGUGCAAUGUCUGCCCUUCACAACCGUUUGACAGACAGUAGAGGGGAGAGUUGUGCAUAAGAGUUCCUUCCCUGCUGGUUCUGGAGAUGUCCCAGGACUUGUGUAAUGACAUGGUUCCUCUUUAUGUCAAUGGAAUCAGACGGAGUCAAGAGUCAGUCAAGAAACAGGCAAAGGAGGGAGGGAGGGAGGGAGGGAGGGAGGGAGGAGAGAUAGAGGUGAAGUAAUAGGCUUUGUCUUCUGUUUACACGCUCAUGUAUAGGGGAGUAUUGGCUCCUGAAUGAAAGACAGACAGUGAUGUGGAGAGAACUAGCCAGUCACAGUAGAGGAAGGAACAGUCAACAAACUGACAGGUCAUGUGGCAGUGCAACCUGGGGGUGCAGUUUUUAUUGCUGAAUAUUUUGAUAUCCUCAUGUCCUACAACAGGGCUCUCCAACCCUGUUCCUUGAAUGCUACCGUCCUGUAGGAUUUUGUUCCAACCCUAAUCUAGCGCACAUGAUUCUAAUAAUUAGCUGGUUGAUAAGCUGAAUCAGGUUAGUUACAACUGGGGUUGCAGCGAAACCCUACAGGAGGGUAACUCUCCAGGAACAGGGUUGGAGAGCCCUGUCCUAGAAUCUGGAUUCUCGACCAAAGUUCUGAAACUAGGACUUCCUGAACAAUAAGAACAUCAACCACUCCAAGAACCUCAUAGUCAAUUCACACUGUCAAGUUUUAUAGCUGUUAUUUAGAUUGAAUAGGUUAUUGAAUCUGCCAAUUUUAUAUUUUAUUGGGAAGCACCUGCAAACUGUCAAAGUGCACUGUACCAAUCAAUUAAUACAAUUUUCCUUAAUGAAAUGUAAUACUGAUGCAUUGCAUGUAAGCCAACACAACAACACUCAAACAGAUCCGGUCAAUGCCAGUGACUGGUAACCUUUGACAUUGGAUCCUCUGCCCAUUCAUCCACCCAAGAGAGAGAUGUUGAAUAAACCUGCAUGACUUAGCUAAGCUAGGCUACGGUAAGCUAAUUUAAGGCUGUCCUAGGAGGGGAUUAGCUUGUUAGUGGCUUGGGACGGUGUGGGAGGUAAGGAAGUCAAUGUGAUGUGAGUCUGGGCGGGAUAGGACCAGAGGAGGGUUUUAUCUGGUUGUUAUUGGGGCGGAAGUAGGCUACAGUGCCACUGGGACAUUGACUGGCUGGCCCAGUACAUACAACUGGCUAUUGCAUGGCUCUGAACCGACAGACCGACCAGUACCAGGAUCAGUAUCACGGCUCAGAUUCGGGCUGGGGCGACAUGGCACUGCUGCAGCAUCCCAAAGAAAAGUGGUUCAUUAUUGAUUUUGAGGAUGAUGGAAAUAUCUGUGAGGUGGAGAUUGAGGUGGUAGGUUCCAUAGAGAUCCUAUUAAAUUACAAAUUCCUAAUUCUAUGGUAGGUUCACUCCUCCGUCCUCUAUUAAGUGAAUUUAGACUUUAUUUUGUCCAUGAUAAAGUAUCUUUCUUUACCAACACUGAGCACUGAGGAGAUCGUAUUGGACCUGGAAGUCAGUAUGCCGAUGAAUUAUUUGGUUUGUAUAUGUUUUUGGUGGCAAAUUAUUAUUAUAGUGAGAUGCCUUUACUUAUGGAAGCCCAUAGACAUCUGUUGAUUAUGUUUAUUACUGCAUCCAGAGUUGUCUUCUGAGUUGUUUUGUUUUUGUUGUUGUAUUGAAAAUAGUGUAUUGAAUUUGCAUUACAUUGAAGGCAGUCAUUUUUGUCUUCGAAAAUUGGAGCAAUCUGCUGUCACGAUAAUAACACAAUUAUACCACAGUAAUAAUAUACUGGUAUGUAAUUGUUGAAAUGGGACAUUUGUUUCCGUUGUACCAUUUUGUUAAAUGAGUGUUCUGCAAUGUUGAGCUAAUACGCUGUAAUUGGCAUCAGUGGCAUCCAUGUAGACACACACAUAGACACACCAUGUUACAUAAAGUGAGAAUUAGGCCAAGGUAAAACAUCAAGGGUUCGGUAGGAUUAGGUUCAAGGUUGGCGUGAGGUUAUGAUUGGUCAGGGUGUUUGGGCAGUACUGAGAGGUAUACUACAAAGCUGGAUCAAUGAGUUAGCCAGCUAACUUUCCUACAUGUUCUGAAUUUUUUGAAAGAUAAGCUUGAAAUGGGCAUAUUCUCAUUGUCUCAACAACCACAAACACAUAUCUAAGUUUAGCUUUCUACUGAACCAAAAAAUCUAUAGUUAUUUCAGGUUGUUCAUCAAAGUUAGCUGACUAAUUCAUUGAUCCUGCUAGUAUACCCCUCUGGUGUUAUGUCACAGGUCUUGGGAGGUGAAAGGGUUUGUUGCUGUGCAGUGCUGGUGUUGUGGGGUUCAGGUCUCUGGUGAAGGACGGAUGUAAUUAGGGAGUGGGACUUAAAGAUCUUAGUGAGAUGUGAUCAAAUAGGCCCCAUCUCCUUUACAUGUGGGUCACCCUGUUGCUUUAGAUGAAGCUGAUCUUGCUGCUCAUAACUGAUCCUCCAUCGUCUCAUCAUUCAUCAAAAUAUUCAUAAUCAAAUGUUAUCAGCAUUUGUUCUGCUUGGCGCUCUUUCGAUGUGCGUUCUUUUUUUUCCGCGCUUUUCCGACCAAUGCGCUCUGCUACUCCCAGACCCACAUAUAUUUUAAUUCGCUACUAGAAUAUUUCAGCACACUUUGAACCAAAAUGGAUCGAAUCAAGUUUAGUAUGGAGGCGCAACCGUCUUUCCACUCAAUGUUGUUGUCGGCCUAGAAUUAAACCUGUUCCACGUCACGCGCUUCUAUAGUUUUAUGCAUUAAUAUGCAUUUUAUGCGAUGUAUAAUUGCAUUUUUGUGUAGGCUACUGGUAAAAAAUGUUUUUGAAUGAACUACUUAUUUCUUCGACCUGCAAAUCAAUAGUAUUGAUUGGGGGUGCGUGAGAACAAGCGUGCUAAGACUUUAUUGGGGGCAAACUCAGUGUUUCAAAAUGUUGGCUAUAUUCGUUAACAGUAUGCAUGUGUUUCUGUGUAUUGUGAUAGGUGCUGGAUAUUGGGGACAGCCUCACCAUCCCUGAUGAGUUCACAGAGGAGGAGAAGACAACAGGUGUGUGGUGGAAACAGCUGGCAGCCGGCGCCAUGGCUGGGGCGGUCUCUCGGACAGGCACCGCCCCUCUGGACAGGAUGAAGGUGUUCAUGCAGGUAUGUACUGUGGGCCAACAUGCCUAACUCUAUUAAGCAUAGUCCAAGAAAUGUAUUGUGUAUGUCCUUCUUGGUAAAGUUAGAUGCAGUAUACAGUAAAUGUGAAGACCAUAUCAAAUUAAUUUACCUUUCUUGUGAUGCUUGGAGGACAUGGGGAGAUCCUACCUGCAGGGAUCGAAUUACAGGGAGCUAAGGAGGUGGCCCUCACAAUAAUUGAAAUAUCAAUGUGCCCCCCACAAAUGAUACCGACAACAGGCACCAAGAGGUAUUUGGCACCCACAAGAGUCAAUGUGUAAUUCGAACCCUGAUUAUCUGUGAUUUCUCUUUCUCAGGUGCACGGUUCCAAGACCAAUAAGAUCAGUCUGGUAGGGGGCUUCAAGCAGAUGAUAAAGGAGGGGGGUGUCAGCUCCCUGUGGAGGGGCAACGGGACCAACGUCCUGAAGAUCGCCCCUGAGACUGCCAUCAAGUUCAUGGCCUACGAACAGGUGAGAAACAAUCAAAAUUCUAUCUUUGUUGUUUUUAAGACCUGUGGAUCAGAUCUAUUUCGAGUUACUUUUUUCUUAUCUGGUUAACCAUGUAGCCACAUAGACCGGGCAUUAUGUCUACUGUAAUUGUAUUCUGUAUGUCUCUGGGCCAUCAGCACAGUUUCACUUUGCUGGCUCUGUUCCUCUUGGCAGUAUAAGAAGAUGCUGUCGUCAGAGGGAGGGAAGGUCCAGACCCACGAGAGGUUCAUUGCUGGAUCACUGGCCGGGGCCUCCGCUCAGACGGCCAUCUACCCCAUGGAGGUGAGGAGAGGAUGCGAGUGAAAGGGAAUGGGAGGGGAGAGAAGUGGAGGGGAGUAGAGAGAUAAAGAAAUGGGGAUAAACAUGAGCGGGAAGGAGAAGAGGGGAGCGCAGAGAGAGAAUAUAUUCAGUGUAGUUUUAUAACCAGCUAAAGUCUCUUUUUACUUUGUCCUUUUAGGUAAUGAAGACAAGGCUUACGCUGAGGAAGACUGGACAGUACUCAGGAAUGUUUGACUGUGCCAAGAAGAUCCUGAAGAAGGAGGGAGUGAAGGCCUUCUAUAAGGGCUACGUUCCAAACAUCCUGGGCAUCAUUCCAUAUGCUGGGAUAGACCUGGCAGUGUACGAGGUGUGUCCAAACAUUUCUAACUGGAUAAAACCGUUUUUUAAGGGUUUGGACAAGUCAUUGAUGUAGUCUGGUCCCAGAUCUAUGUGUGCUGUAUGGUGUUGUACUUCUUUGGUUGUUGGUUAUACAGCAGAAACCUUUGAAGAUGUCAACCCAGUUUUACCAGUAAAUGUAGGUGAUUGUGACCUCUUGGCCUAAUCAUGAUUCCUGACUCUCUCUUUGUGCUCUACUCUACCCCUUCUUACCUCAGAGUCUGAAGAAUGCGUGGCUGGCCCGUUAUGCCAAAGACACAGCUAAUCCUGGGAUCCUGGUGCUGUUGGCCUGUGGUACCAUCUCCAGCACCUGUGGCCAGCUGGCCAGUUAUCCCCUGGCUCUGAUCCGAACCAGGAUGCAGGCAGCAGGUAAACCUCAGAGAUCACUCAAAACCCAAACCUGUGACUGCACAAAGUGUUACAACACUGUCACAUAUUGAAACAGACUGGUCUCAUAGACUAGACGUAACAUAGUAAGGGAAAGGGGGAUACCUAGUCAGUUGUACAACUGAAUGCAUUCAACUGAAAUGUGUCUUCCACAUUUAACCCAACCCCUCUGAAUCAGAGAGGUGCGGAGGGCUGCCUUAAUCGACAUCCACGUCUUUGGCGCCCGUGGAACAGUGGGUUAACUGCCUUGCUCGGGCAGAAUGACAGAGUUUUACCUUGUCAGCUCGGGGAUUCGAUCCAGCAACCUUUCGGUUACUGGCCCAACGCUCCUAUGGUAUGGUUACAUAAGACAGAAGGUUACUUAAAGCAAAAGGAGGAUGGAUGGAUGGAUGGAUGGAUGGAUGGAUGGAUGGAUGGAUGGAUGGAUGGAUGGAUGGAUGGAUGGAUGGAUGGAUGGAUGGAUGGAUGGAUGGAUGGAUGGAUGGAUGGAUGGAUGGAUGGAUGGAUGGAUGGAUGGAUGGAUGGAUGGAUAACGCAAAUGUCUAGCAACCCACAGGUUGCGUGUUUGAAUCUCAUCAUGGACAACUUUAGCAUUUUAGCUAAUUAGCAACUUUGAAACUAGUUACUACUUGUAGCUAGUUUGCAACUAAUUUACUUAGCAUGUUAGCUAACCCUUCCCCUAACCCUUGAACCUAACCCUAACCUUUUAACCUAACUCCUAACCUUAAACCUAUCCUUAACCCCUAAAGGCAUCAGCAAGCUUCAGUUCGGCUGGCAGCUAGCCGAAGUCGGCUAGGCGAACCGAACGAGUGUGCUCGCAUACUCCCUUAAAAGACCUUCGCUUAAAAAAAUGAGAACAAAGCGGCAAUAGUACUGUUUGGCCAUUUUGAGAUGCCAUAGCCAGUAUACACUUCCUCAAAAUAGUCAGAAUUAAUCUAAGAUAACUCAAGAAAUCUGUCAUUAAUUUGGACUUUUUUGGCAAAGGAGAUCUUAGUUGCGCAAUUUUACAUCUAAGAUGUUUGGUGCAGUAUUUCUCAAUUAAAAAUGUGCAUGAAAACGAGUCGUCUCUCGUUGAAUGACAACAAAGAAUCCCUACAGUUGACGGACGAAGGGGCGUACACUUAAACUCCUGAACUUCGGCUGGCCUUGAGAAAAAAAUGUGUGUGCCCGAACAGCCGAAAAAUCACUUACCGAAGUCCAAAACGAAUAAAAACAUCAACAUGUCGUCAUAAUAUCUGCAGAAACACUUCCAAACUGUUUCAGCUAGAAAGCAUGCGGACGUCUGUUAUGAUGAGUUUCGGGUAUGAAUAAGUACAGGAUGUAAGAGAAAGCAGCAGACACUCAGAUGGAAGUUUGACUCUACAUUUAUUCAGUACUGGAUCACAUAAUAAGAUGAAUGUGCUUUGCCUCUUAUCAUGUAACGGAAUUACAUAGACUCUCUCUCAGCCUAUAUAGUGCUCUUCCAGUCUACUUUUGUCUUAUCCAGUUGCUAACCAUAAUUGAGUUGUCACUCAACUACGCCCAUAUCAUUCCUUUCCUUGGUUUCGUGUGGCAAACUAGUCAUGACAUUUCAUCACGCACCAUUCCUAAGAUUAGCACCAGUGGCCCCCCAAUCUAUCUUGGCACACCAACCCUCUAGUACUCACUCGUGAUACUACGAACACAUGGCUUUCCUCGCUUUCACAUACAAUUUACAAUCUUUAUAAUAUUGGAUCAAACACUCUUCAUAUCAACGUCUUAACCCUAACCCCUAGCCUAGCUAACGUUAGCCUCAAAUUGGAAUUCAUAACAUAUUGUACGAAUUUAAAUUCGGAACAGGACAUCCACAAAUUAAUACAUACCAUACCAUACGAAACGUAAAAUAUCAUACUAAAUGGAGUGUUUCGGAUUUAUGUACAGAAAACGAAAUACUCUGAGACCACGUUGAGAGAAAAACCAAAUCCCACUCCGGUCUCAAACAUGAUGUAUUAUCAUGGCCAAGAUGACUGACUGAAUUAUAUCCACUAAACCGAAGUCUUCAAAAUAUAUAACUGUAGCAACAACUCCUGAUUGAUUUAACAUGUCAAAUUAGUCCAUGGUAAUACCAACUUAAUUUCCUCCCUAUCUUUCCCUUUUCUCUCAGCAUCCAUCGAGGGCUCGGAGCAGAUGACCAUGAAUCAUCUGGUGAAGAAGAUCUUGGAGAAAGAAGGAUUCUUUGGACUGUACCGUGGAAUCCUGCCCAACUUCAUGAAAGUCAUCCCAGCUGUCAGUAUCAGCUAUGUGGUGUACGAGUACAUGAGGACUGGGCUGGGCAUCUCUAAGUGAGGAGUGGAAUUGUAUUAGUGUGUGUGGGUUCACAUAUGUGUGUCAGUCAGAUUAUUUGAAACCAUUUCCCUCCAUAUUUUCAGUGACAUUUGUUGUUGGAAAUUGCAUGUGAAAUAAAAAUAACUGUUUACCUGUUCCACCAAAACCUGGACUCAAUCUAGCUGUUGCUAGGGUGUUAGUCCAUUGUCUUGGGACCUUUUUUAUUACAACCACGCACACAAACUUCCCAAGGCAGUCUGAAUGGUCAUCAGUCAAACACUAUGGUGGUUUACGUAUUCCAAGUUUCCCCAAGUAUACCCAGUUACCAAAGAAAGAUAGAGGUAAGAUGUUUCACCUGAGAUGCACAAACCUGAGAUAGUUAUAUAUUAUUUUUACAUAACACACUAGACAAGGUCAGUUACUGGAGAAAUAAAAUAAAACAUUCUGGGGGAAUUAGGGUUGCGUUCUAAAUUUGAGUGUCAGGGUGAAAUAGAAGAUGGCUCCUGUCUUGUUGGAAGGCAGAGUCAUGCAAAUGUUGUUUUGCACAUUUUGGGUCCAUGAAAAAGGAGUAUGUGCCUUAUUGUGUGAUUUGUUCAGAUCUCUGACCUGUGGGCCUGUCCAUCCAUCCAAUUUGUCUUGCCUUUUUUCCAAAGUUUUGUUAAAUUAGAUACUCCUGUGUAAAAUAAAAUAAAUAUUUUAAUACAAAGAUGUGCUGAGUCCAUUCUUUCAAGCCUUUCACACAUUAAUUCAUUGUAGGCUGAGGCUGGUCACGCCGCCACGCCGUUGUUUUAUUAUCUGCAAUAAUAAUGCAUGACACUGACACACCACAUCGAUAUAAAGCAGAUGUCUGAAACGUACCACCUGCUCAUUACAGUUUUGCCAGAACCAGAGCCUAAAGGAUACACUUUCAGUAUCAGUCAGCCUUUUUUAAGAACCAUAAAUAACACAAUCAAACAUAUGCCAUCACAAACACACUCUUUGCCCUUUUAGAUAUCUUUCCAUUCACACUUAAAAUAUGUUCAAUUACAAAUGUGUCUAUACUCUGUAGCAUGAAUUCAUUGCUCUGAGAAUAUCUUCUUCUCUGGGUAGACUCCCUUGAGAACCAGUGUGGCCACCAGUGAGAGGAAGGCCACCACCGACAGUAUAGUACGCAGGGCUUUGAACCAGCUGGGGUAAGUGGGCAGCAGAGACAGGUCAUAGUGUAGGGAGAUACCUAGCCCCAUGAUGACCAUCAUAGCUGCUGGGGUAAUAGUGUCGCUGAACAGCAUGGCCAGCCAGGCAAACAGGGACGGAACCACGCUAUUGGCCAGGUUGAUCCAGUCUGGCUUGGCCGGGCUAGUCUCUGGGAUGGCAAAGCCCCAACGCGCCCCACCCAGGAAAGACAAGAUAGAUGCUCCAUAGGCCACCUGGGCGAAGGCCACCUCUGGCAUGUAGGUCUCGGUCACAGCCAUGACGAACGGAGCAGAGAUGAAAGGGAUGAGGCCGGAGAGGCCCAGGUACAGCGCUGGUUUGGGGCUCUUUCCCAGGUCUCUCAUGUCAUAACGGAGCAGGUCCAACUCUCUGGGUGGAGGCUCUGGUUGUUGUCGUUUCUUCAGCCUCGCAGCAGAGCUGUGGAAGUACUGGGUCCUCAAUAGACCAAGUCCAACAGCAUCACUUAUUUUAGGGAGCAGCCUGGCCGAGGAGCCCCUGCAAGGCCACAGGGGACAGGAACCAUAGGAGGCAUCAGACACCCUGGCUGAGGCAGCAGCAGACAGGCAGGACAUCUGCUGUGGAGAGCCCCAAUGCCAUCCAUGGAAAUAGAGAUUAAAUAAGAUCAGUAGAUGGACAUGAAACAAUGUUUAUAGUCUCCUCUUACAGGUAAACUCACCUUGUGAGCAAUAAGGAUGUGUCUUCUAAAUAUACCAGCCAACAUCUUAUCUGAAAAGAUAGAACAUUUUAAUAAAUAGGCCAAAAUCCGAAUAGCAUAGUGCUAUCUGAAUGUCUGAAAUCUCUGCAUGCUAAAAACUAACGCACGUAGUUGCUUGUGUAGAAAGUCAUAUAUUGUUAAUGUCUCAUUCAAAUCACUGUCUCUGCGCAGAGAACAUUUCUAUACUAUCUCGGAUUAUUGUAUUCUUACUUGUUUUUCAAAUCGGAAUUAAAAUGUUUGUCAUAAAUAAGUAAAAAGCCGCUGUCCCGUAUGUCAGAUAUGCUCACGGCUGGCUUGUGUGCGCACGGAUAUGUAUUCCGUCCGUACAGUG